UCAUUGUUAACAAGUGAAUCAGCUGACUGCAGCGCUAAGAGAAAGUAACUUACACUGAUGGGUGUGGAAAACAAAACUUACGGGAACACAGUGGCGGACAUGUCGGCACCGAGCAAUGUCCAAUUCUUCAAACUUAUCGCAGCGCAAAUUCCUGAUCUCUGGACAGAUCGGUGAUCAGUAGAGGGAGCUUCAGAUUCAAAUGUGUUUUGUUGUUAUUUUACCCAAAGAGCACGCGACGGAAACCAAAACAGACCGCUGAAAACUGUCACAUAGAAGAGAAAGAUGUCUGUUGCAAGAAGGAAGCUACAGGAGGCCUUGUGCCGCUACGUCACAGACACCCUCAGCUACAUGGACACAGUGAGAGGAUUCUGUAAAAGCUUCUCCAAAUGGAUGAUUUGGAGGGAGACAGAAUUAAACAUGAUGGUAGACAUCAAAGACAGGAAAGACAACAUCAGCCUCAACAUCGACCACGUCACCAAGUCAGAGAACAAGGGUCAGGCCUUUAAGCAAUAUAUGAAGAGCAAGGUGACCCAAGUGACAGCAGACAGCCUCUGUGCAGAGCUGGAGAAGGAGCUGACGGAGGUGUUGAAGGACACCCUGCAGGGCCUAGAGAAGCUCCACUGCUUCCUGGAUGCAGUGGAGAAGCUGGCGGUCAGUUCUCUGCACGUGUUCACAGAGAACCAGGUGUUACACCUGCCCAGAGAGAAAAGCCUAGAUGUCCAGCUCGUCAUCGUAGCUGCUCGGCUCAUCUGCCCUCUGCUCCUGGAGUUCAAACGAGACGCAGAAGCCUUCUUCCUCCCCAGACUUCAGAAUGUGGAGGCCCUGUCGUAUCAGCUGGACAAAUACAUACGAACGACUCAGAGAAUCUGUGACAGGUUUACUAAAUGCUCAAGCAGUGAGUUUUCCCUAUCUAUCCUGAAUCCUAUCCCUAUCCCUACCUAUAUCCCUAUCCUGAACCUAUCUGAGAACACAGUCAUAGACCUGGAUGUGGAUCUGUCUGAGGAUGACGCUCAAAGGAUGCUUGAUCACAUUAAUCAGCUUGAUGAAAUCAGGAUGAACCAGGCCUUCCGGAUGGUGUUCUUGUUUCAGGAUGAACCAUGUUCUGGCUUCAUCAAAGAGUUCAGUGAGCGACAGCCGAGGAUGCUGCAGUUUCUCACAGAGCUGGAGGAGACAGCUGUCCAGCUGGACAGGAUGUAUAAAGGUGCAAAGAUCUCCAGCGUGGCAGGCAGCUCAGUGGGGGCAGUCGGAGGAGUGCUUUCUAUCAUCGGUUUGGCCCUAAUUCCUGUAACGGCUGGAUUGUCUUUAGCUCUGACAAUGACAGGACUCGGGCUGGGAAUCACUAGUGGAGUCAACAGCUUAGUUACCACUGCCACCGAGUGUGGAGUUAAUUAUACACAACAGAAAAAAGCAAGUGAAGUCUUUCAGAGCUUCAUGGAGGACGUACAGACUCUCCAGGAUUGUUUGGAGGAGACAAUGAAAAGGGACACAGAUGAGAUAGAUGUGGCUCUGGGAACAGGCAAAUCGCUUGUGAAACUAGGUGUUGUUGGAAAAGCUAUUGAUACUUUAAUUGAUGCUGGUAAAGCUGUGGCCCAGGAAGGCAAAGCUCUACGUAACGUCCCCAGAGUGGCCUCAGACAUCCCAGACAUCGGUCAGGCAGCACUCAAAGGGCCUCUUGCUCUCUCUAAGUCAGCGAGGGCUGGACUCUUCGUGGCCAAUGCUCUUUUUCUUGGCAUGGACAUCUUCUUUAUCUGUAAAGACAGCAUCAGUCUGGCCAAAGGCACAGAGGCUGAAAUGUCGCGUUUCAUCAGAGCCAGAGCGCAAAUUUGGAGCACAGAGAUGGACUCAUGGCAGAAGAUCCAUGACCUGCUGAGCGAAGGCCUCCUGAAAUCAGAGAAAAACAAAGGUUUACUGGAGACACCAUUUUAUUCAGAGAUGAGAGAGAAACACAUCAGAGCAGAGACAGAAGAGGGAACUGACCAAGAAAGAUGACGAAAAACACAAAGAAAAAAGUUCUGUCUAUUACAAUAACACUCAGAAUUUGCUGUCUGUGCUGUCUUCAUCUAACUUUAACGUCAUAAAAGAAAAACACAUACAGAAGUUCUCAAUAAUUGUUCUAACACUGAAUUUAACAAAUUUAAUCACUUUAAAAUUACCUCUCAUUACUUCACUCUCAUUCAGUUUGAACAUUCUUACCAAAGUGUUUUGAAAUUCUACUGUAAAUAUGAUUGGUUCGCAUUAUUAAAUGUUUCAAUGCUGAAUAAAUGCAUAAUAAAAUUGAAAUAAUUACAAACCUAUGUACAGAUGAAAUAAAUAAAGCUAAAGUUUUAAGGGUUGAAAA